UUUCUUUCGUGUAUUAUAGAUUCCGAUUUAGUCGGGUAAAUCUCGUGUCGAAUCCGGUUGUGCGAAUGAAUAAUGUAGCUGUAUUCGUUGAAUCUUCUCCUUUUGGUCACCGGAAAUUGACCACAAGAGAAAAUUUGGGGACUUUUUCGAUUCUUGCAGGUUGAUUAGCAAUUGUUUUAUGAUUAUUUGUUUAGUAUAGGUGGUGAUGCUGAAGCGAGUUACUUUUUUCGCGGUUUUAAUUGAUUUUCCGGUGAAAUGCCUAAAGGCAGGUAAUUUUUUUUGGCGACAACCUGUGGGCAUUAGUCCAUAAUGAUACGGGAUUCGGUAUAUGGAGUUUCUCAGGUCCUUCUUAGCCAUUAUUUGGCUUUUCUUCUCUGUAAAGCGAUGAUUUGCUUUGAAGCCACGACAAAGGAAUUCUUUAAUCUUGGGCUUAGUUCGUCGAUGUGUAUACUCUUUUUAUGUAGAAUCAUGUCCAUGGCCUCGUGCUCAUGUUUUGCUUUAUCUAGGACUUAUUGUCAUGGCGUUACCUAUGAUUCCAUACUCAUGUUUUUCAGAAUAAGCCUUAGAUAUGAAUGUAAUCUCGGUAGUAGAAAUGUCAUGACUCUACUCUUUUGAUCAUUACAAAUUUUGUUACUGAUUUUUCGGUUUAUUAACGGGAAGGAGCCACUAUUCUCUCCUACUGAUAAGUUUCAGCAUAAAAAGUCUGUGGGAGGAUCCCUGUUUGGCAUUCAAAGUGUGGAACCACCACAGAAGCCUUCACCAACAACAGCAACAUUGGAUAAGCAGAGGGCUGAGUCAGCUAGGAAGCAUGUGAGGGCUCUCAAUAAUCAAUUUGCAAGUUGGGUGCAAAUGCAGCUGAAAAAUCACCCUGAUGAACUUUGGGAAGAUGGGCUGCGUGACUAUCUUGCGCAUGCAUCAAACAUUCUCGAAAGGUUUAGUGAUGUGGUUAAUUGGCUAAAAGCAAAUAGUCGGGAUGGGGGGAAUCAAUCUUCUGAAUCUCAUGGAACAGAGAAGGUGCCUGAGAUCAAGAAUAACGAUGUUAAAUUAUUUCCUGAUAAGAAGUUUUUUGUUACAAAUAACUCAACCACAGGUGCAGCAUCUGCAUCGAACAGUCAGUCUGGACUUUUCUCCGGUAGUCAGUCCGCUUUGUUCUCGAACAGCCAAUCUGGAGUAUUCUCUAGCAGCCAAUUUGGUUUAAGUUCCAAUAGCCAAAACGGAUUGUUCGGCAGUGGACAAUUUGGUUUGACCACCAGCACUCAACCUAGCCUAUUUUCAAGCGGUCAAUCUGGUUCUGGUGUAGUUUCCAAUAGCCAACAUUCUUUUUCAUUCUCCAACAAUCAAAUCCAGUCCAUGUCUGGAGUAAGUCCGGUGUCCAUUACUGUAAAGAGCAAUGGUCCAGACGAUGCAGACCGUGAAGACGAGCCACCUCAACCGAGCAGCCCAUCUGUCAAGAAGGUUGAAGAAAAGGGUAUUGUUUUGGUUCAUCAGGUCAAGUGUAAGCUUUAUGUCAAGUCUAAUGACCCGGAAGAUAAAGAUACAUGGAAAGAUAAAGGAUCUGGGAAUCUCUGUAUUAAGUGCAAAGAGAGCGUUGACAAGGGCACGAAAGAAUCGAAACCAACGAUUAUUAUCAGAAAUGACGUUGGGAAAUUGCUUCUGAAUGCACUACUGUAUCCUGGAAUCAAGACGAAUGCCCAGAAGAACUCCCUAGUUGCAAUAUUCCACACCUCAGAUGAUUCCGGCAGCAAUAGUGUUACUCCAAGAACGUUUUUGAUAAGGACAAAGACUGCAGAAGAUAGGGAUAGGCUAGCUACAGCUAUCAAAGAAUACGCCCCUUCUUCAUAAUAAUAAUUAAAAAAGAAAGAAAGCACCAACCCGGUGAGACCUAAUGUACCUUCUGAACUUCUCCCAUUUCCUUUUCUUUUCUUUUUCCUCCUUUUUUGUCUUCUUUAUAGCUGAGAGGGAAGGGGGCUCCUGAAGUAGAUUACAUGAAUUUGUUGUACGGGAUAAAUAGGCGAUGUUGUUCCAAUUCAGAUAUGAAGAACACUCUUUUUAACGUUU